AUGCUGCCCAUCAGAACGUCGACAAUGUCUGGACUUUCUUCUCGCAACACUGGCCGAGUAGGCGCCGAACAGCAUGCAACAGCCUCGGCAAAGCAUGUCUGGGCAGCAAGCCGUCCUACAGCGUCUGACAUGCUCGCCGAUGGGCUGAGUGCACCUCUAAUCCCGUUCGAGGAGCUUCCUUUGAUCAAGUCCGAACGAUCCACGUUGUCCUCUUGCUGCAUUCGAUGGCGCUUCACCGCUACCUUUUUCAACAGGGACCAGAAUCUGGCACGAGGCUCUCUGGCAAUCCAAGUCAAGCGCUGGCUUGAACAUCAUGGCAUCAGCGACCCUUGUAUCGGCCUCAGUGUCAACUUUCCGAUCCUCAGAGGACGAGGACGAUUUGUCGAUGUGCAUGUGGCUGCCUCCAGCAUGGAAGUCUUGGCCCAAGCGCCACUGGUGUUUCGCGGUGCUCGACUCGAGCGACACCUCGUCGGCCUCGCACUGUCCCCAAGCAUUAUGGUCGUCGAAGUGACUGGAUCAAACAUCGCAGACACUGGCGUCGCCCAGCAAUUGGCAGACGUGCUGGCGCCGUUUGCCCAAGUGCACAAUAUCUGGCUCGAAACACGAUCCCACAGUCAGGAUACAAGCAUUCGUCAAAGCAAGAUGAUCGCGCUGGUCGAAACAGCCCUGAGCGAGCGGGGAUACUGCGACUGGGACAACAUCACAGCUAUUCCUGGCUAUGCUGUGCUGAACGGCCGCGAGUGUAGGCUCGACUAUGUCGGUCGGCUCGACUGGUGCACAUUCUGCCGCAGCCAGGCGUCCUCGUUCCACACGUCGGAGACGUGCCUGAAGGUGCCGGACAAGAUGUGGCAGACUCUUCAUCGUGGAAGAGAGUAG